CUCCCUCCUUGCCGCGUGCCUGCUCCCCUCCCCCUCGCCUGGCUGCUCUGGGCAGCAGCAGCCUCAGCAGCCCGGGAGAUGGGCAGAGAGCGCGCGGGGCGCUGCAGCUCUGGAGCAGCCGCUCUCCCCGCCCCCGGUGCCCUGCGCCCCCGCCACCGCUCUUGCCGCCUGGCUGUCCCCCGACUCCAGCUCUGCUUCUAGGACAGCGCCGCCACCGCCGCAAGCCCUCGUCCCGCCCGCGCUGCGCUACCCUCACGCGCCCUGGAUGGCGCUUUCCCUUGUCGUAAUGGAAUCGGUUUAGGAUGUGACAAUUCAAGUAUCUGGUAACUCAGUGGAGUAGCUCAACACCUGUCUCUGCUUCCCAUGCUCUUCUCUACAGUAGAUUUGCCGUGGUCUGAAUGCUUGCAGUUUCCCAACCCUGAAUGUGAGAACUAUAAGGAGUGGAGACUACAGAGUGGAUUCAUCAUGAACACAGAGAUCUCAUGAUUAAAAUUGUCAUGUCAAUAAAAGAGGCCAAAGGGGAUGAAAAAAUUAUGACAUCAACAUCCAAAGGCAUUCUUCGUCCAUUUCUAAUCGUCUGCAUCAUCCUGGCCUGCUUCAUGGCGUGUCUGCUUAUUUACAUCAAGCCGACCAACAGCUGGGUCUUCAGUCCGAUGGAAUCUGCCAGUACUGUCCUGAAAAUGAAAAAUUUCUUCUCCUCAAAAUCUGAUUAUUUUAACGAAACCACUAUUCUGGUUUGGGUGUGGCCCUUUGGGCAGACCUUUGACCUUACAUCGUGCCAAGCGAUGUUCAACAUCCACGGAUGCCAUCUCACGACAGACCGCUCACUGUACAACAAAUCCCACGCGGUCCUGAUACACCACAGAGACAUCAGCUGGGAUCUGACCAAUUUACCUCAGCAGGCGAGGCCACCCUUUCAGAAAUGGAUUUGGAUGAAUUUAGAGUCACCCACUCACACUCCCCAGAAGAGUGGGAUCGAGCACUUGUUCAACCUGACACUAACUUAUCGCCGUGAUUCCGAUAUCCAAGUGCCUUACGGCUUCUUGACGGUGAGCACAAAUCCCUUUGUGUUUGAAGUGCCAAACAAAGAGAAACUGGUGUGCUGGGUUGUGAGUAACUGGAACCCUGAGCAUGCCAGGGUCAAGUAUUAUAACGAGCUCAGCAAGAGUAUUGAAAUCCAUACCUAUGGGCAAGCAUUUGGAGAAUACGUGAAUGACAAGAACUUGAUUCCCACUAUAUCUACUUGUAAAUUUUACCUUUCUUUUGAAAAUUCAAUUCACAAAGAUUACAUCACAGAAAAGCUUUACAAUGCAUUUUUGGCUGGCUCAGUACCCGUUGUCCUGGGACCAUCUAGGGAAAACUAUGAGAAUUACAUUCCAGCUGAUUCAUUCAUUCAUGUGGAAGAUUAUAACUCUCCCAGUGAGCUGGCAAAAUAUCUAAAGGAAGUUGACAAAAACAAUAAGUUGUACCUUAGUUACUUUAACUGGAGGAAGGAUUUCACUGUCAACCUCCCACGAUUCUGGGAAUCACAUGCAUGCCUGGCUUGUGAUCAUGUAAAAAGGCAUCAAGAAUAUAAGUCCGUUGGUAAUUUAGAGAAAUGGUUUUGGAAUUAAAGUUUUCAUAAUUUUCACAUUUAGUGAAAUAAAUGAAUGUGACACCAAGUUCUGACGAUAAGAAGAGAAACACUUUGCUUUUAUGUCACAGAUUAUUUUUUCCACCUUCCAUUGAGUAACAUGUAUAUUUUGAUGGAAAUUUUUAAGAGCUCAGAAUAAGCGAUCACUCCCUUUGGUUUUAAAUUAUCCUGUAUAUAUGUGAUAAUGAGCACUGGAAAUAAUUUAUUCUUCCUUCUCAUUUGUAAGACAUUCUUUUGCACAUUUUAUAGUUGCCUGUAAAGUAAGGUUAUGAUUCAAUUGUUUCUAACCAACCCGAUCUAUAAUCUGUUUGGGAAAUGGAAAUGCAUACCCUAAAAUUUGAGAGAUUUUUACCAAGGAUUAUAAUGUCUAGAUUCUAGCUUGUAUAAUGUUAACAAAGAAGGAUUAGAGUAUCACUUAAUUUUUAACCUCUUCGACUUCAGAGUUGAACACUGUGUAUAACUGAUGUCAUUUUUACCUGUUUACCACAUUUGUGAAGAUGGACUUAUUCAUGUAGUAAAUAAGAAAGAUAUGAAGCAGAAAUGUUAUUAGACUUUACAUUCAUUUUCAUUAAGUUGUUUUGCAAGUGCAGACUCUCAAUAUCUUAAAAUAUCCAACAAUUUUGAGACAUACAAUUUAUGUGAUAUUUUUAAUGCCUAAAAACAGCUAGGAGAAGUUUUGGUUGUCCCCUUUCGAAUCCUUAACAUUACCAUUUUUGCAAAAAUAAACAAUUUCCUCAUAAAACAAGUAAAAUGGUAUUUGCAAUACAGAUAAAAUGCAUAAAUUGUGCCAUUUAUAUAAUUUUAAUUACUUUGUUCAUUUGAAAUAGUUUCCAAAGCAUCAAUAUUUACAAUUUUUGUUUUUCCAUAUUUUGUA